AUGGCCAAAAUGCUUUCUUUAAUUUUGUGGGUAACUAUGGGCUAUUUUCUAACUGGGCAGGUGGGUGCAAUGACACACAUUGUUGGAGGAAGCUUUGGUUGGCGCUUCCCUGCAAAUACUUCCUUUUACCAAGCCUGGGCCAAGCCAAGAAAUUUCACUUCUGGAGACAAACUGAUCUUCUUGUACACUACGGGCUUGCACAACGUGCUAGAGGUUAAAAAGGAAGAUUAUGAUGACUGCACUCAAAACCAUGUGAUCAAAAAGUAUGAUAAUGGACCAGCGAUUUUUGAGGUCACCAAACCUGGUGAUCACUACUUCAUUUGUGGUCUCAAAAAUCAUUGCCAAAAUGGGGAAAGGUUAAGAAUCAGUGUAAUGAAAGGAGGUGAGUCUUCGGGCGGUGGUGGUAUAUAUGGGAUGAUUACCAAGUCUUCGGCCAAUUCAAUACACAAUAGUAUUGGAAUGCUUUCUGGUUUGCUAUUGGUUCUGUUCAAGCUGUUAAUAUAA